UUUAUUUUCACUCUCAACUGAGCGGUUGAGGCUGUGAGGCGUGCGCACUGGAGAGGAAGUCAAGUCGUGCUGGACCGGACUGACGCGCCAAAUCCACGCAACUCAACAGGAGCUGCUUUUAAAAAAAAUAAUAAAUCAUGUCCACGCAUGAUGAUGGCAUGUGCUCUUUUGCGUAGCUGACCUCGGAUUUCUAUACUUGUAUUUCUUAAUGGUACAAGGCAUGGCUUUCCUUUGGACGUGCUUCUUUCUGUGUUGUUACAGCGUCUGCAGUGUUCGGGGGACUCAGCACAGUGAGAGCAGUAUCUAUUUGGAUAACAUCACGCGCAUACUGGAUAGAUUACUGGACGGCUAUGAUAACAGGCUGCGACCUGGAUUUGGAGGUCCAGUGACAGAAGUCAAAACGGACAUCUUUGUCACCAGCUUUGGACCAGUUUCAGAUGUCGAGAUGGAAUACACCAUGGACGUGUUCUUCCGCCAAACAUGGAUAGACGAGCGCUUGAAAUUCGAGGGCCCCAUCGAGAUCCUGCGGCUCAACAACCUCAUGGUCAGCAAGAUCUGGACACCAGACACGUUUUUCCGCAACGGCAAGAGGUCGAUCUCUCACAACAUGACCACCCCCAACAAGCUGUUUCGCAUCAUGCAGAACGGAACCAUCCUCUACACCAUGAGAUUAACUAUAAAUGCUGAGUGCCCCAUGCGCCUGAUGAACUUCCCGAUGGAUGGACAUGCAUGCCCACUCAAGUUUGGGAGCUAUGCUUACCCUGUCAGUGAGAUCAUGUACACGUGGAAGAAAGGUCCUCUGUCUUCUGUUGAGGUGCCACAGGAGUCAUCUAGUCUCUUGCAGUACGACCUCAUCGGUCAGAGAGUGUCAAGUGAAAGGCUAAAGUCCAAUACAGGGGAAUACGUCAUCAUGACCGUCCACUUCCAUCUGCAAAGAAAAAUGGGCUUUUUCCUGAUCCAGACAUACAUUCCCUGUAUCAUGACGGUGAUCUUGGCUCAAGUCUCCUUCUGGAUUAACAAGGAAUCAGUUCCAGCACGGACAGUAUUUGGUAUCACCACUGUGCUUACCAUGACCACGCUGAGCAUCAGUGCCCGCCACUCCCUCCCCAAAGUCUCCUAUGCAACAGCCAUGGAUUGGUUCAUCGCCGUUUGCUUUGCCUUCGUCUUCUCCGCCCUCAUCGAGUUUGCGGCUGUCAACUACUUUUCCACGCUGCAAGCCAACCGGGAGCUACGCAAGGCGGCGGCCAUGAAGGCGGCGGCUCAAGAGGCCGCAGCUGCAGCUGCCACCCCAGCUGCUGGUGCAGGAAAUGAUGGAGAGGUCUCCUCGGCGGAUCCGAGCAACAUGUUGAAGAAGAGAAUGAAUUCUGCGCCCCUCUUCGACCGCCCGCCUAAAACGUUCCCCAACCCGCCCGUCAGCGCCCAGGCCUUCCUGCAGCAAGGCUCCGCUGUGCCGGCCAACAACGUCCUAACGGGCACGAGCAUCAUCGACAAAUACUCUCGCAUCCUCUUCCCGCUUUCCUUCGGCGCCUUCAACCUGGUCUACUGGAUUGUGUACCUCACCAAGGACACCAUGGAAAUGACCAGGGACACCGUCUGAACCCGGAGAACGUGGACAUCACACAGAUGCAACUGCAGAGACACACAUAUCAUGUAUACAAGAGUGUGGCCCAAUGAUAGCACUGGUCUCAUCAACCGUUCAUUGUGUGUGUGUGUGAUGCAUGGUGAGAAAGUCUCUAAUGAUGCAUCAUUGCACUGUAUGUCUUUUUAGGUUUGCUUUAAUAAAAAAAAAAGUGUCUUUAGAGUAGAUGCUAUUGCCAACUUGAGCCCAGUGUGCAAUAGCUUCAUCUAUUGUAUGUCUCCUUAGGACAUUAAAAACUCCUUUAUCCAAAUCAGUUAGGGACUAUGGAUUGAUGUUCACUGGUAGCAAGGCUGGGGAGCAGCAGGCUCUGCUUAACUUUUGUCAUGCAUGUCCAGACUCUGAAAUUCUACAUGUGUUUUCAUACAUUCACCUCCCUUUGUCUUUUAUUUAUUUAUUUGAUUUUUAGAUGGAAUGAGUGUACACCACUCGAUGGACAGACUUAUCCUCUUCAAUUAUCACUUCACACUCAAUCGCAUCAUUUCCCCGUGCGGGUAAAGAGGACUUGAGGAAACAUCUUCAAAAUAAAACAUUUUCAAGUGGCGUGCUACCACGGAUGCUUUGCACAAAUGCAAAACGGCAGUAUUCCAUCCACCUGGUAGAUCAUUUUUCGGGGAGGACACUGACCAUUUUUGGAUUUUAACUACAACAAGGUCAAGCUACGAAUAGGUAUCCAAUGGUAAAUUACUGCUGGGUGUUAAGUUAUUUAACCAUAACUAAUGCAACUUAUUUUAUUUAAAAAAACCUGCUGGUGGUCAAAUUUAAAGGUGGACAAGAUAUUUAUCAGUUUCAGAAGGGUUGAAAGGAAAUAACAACAGUCAAGAAGAAAGUUAAAGUCUUAAACACGACUUCCAAAACAGAGUUGCAUUCGGUGGCUGCGGAAACACAGGAUUAGGCCAAAAGUGUUUCCAGAAUUGCUCUUUUUAACUUUAUUCAUAAUAUACAGUAUAAAGGUACAUUCAUGCAUUUUAUAUUCCGCUUGUCUUUAUCAGAGCCACGGGUGAGCUGGAGCAUACCCCACCUGACUUCAGGCAAGAGGUGGGAUAUACCCUGGCCUGGUUGCCAGUCAAUCAUGGUAGUUACAUUAUCAAACAUUUCUUACAAUAAAAUAAAAAAGCUUGGAUAAAUGUGUUGGUUAAUGUAUAAAAUAAUGUCUUGUGAUUGACCAGUCCAAUGAGUAGUAUGCCUUUCAACUGAUGUCUGCUGGGAUAGGAUCCAACUCCCUGCAACCCUGAACAGAAUAUGGGUUAAAUAAAAUGGAUGGAUGGAUGUAUACAAUACAUUGUUUGCCUUAUAUGUCUCAAAAUAAGAUGUUGCUUUAUUUCUAUUAAAUGUUUUCUAUGGGUGUGGCAAAAGGCUAGCAUUCAUUAGUCAUUUGUGUAAUACAUUCUUAAAACCUUAGAAAAGGUGGUGAAUCACUAGUUUCAAGGUAGAAAUGUAGUCAUGAUUAUAAUAGUAACGAUUGUGACUGGAGGUCGCUAAAAUCGGUGAAUGAAUCAAAUUGCUCUUCAUAUUACUACAAAAACUGAGUGAUAAGUAGUUUUGAAAUCAGAAGUCAAGGAUAGUAGUUUGUUCAGCUAUUGUUCAAGUUACUGUAAAAAGGGGUUUGGCAACAAUAAAUUCUUCCAUACAUACGACAAUUUGAAAUUUUGGAAUAGAUUUGAGCAACAAUCAUGGAAGUUGACACAUAUGAUUAGUUUUCACGGGUAUACAUAAAAGUUUGUGGUGGUCCAGAUCUGGCCCCCGGGCCUUGAGUUUGACACCUGUGCUGUAGUGGCAGUGUUUUGAACUUUGAAGCCUUCAGUUGAUUUUGUUUUGGUUGUGAAAGAUUAUGGUCCCAAAAACGUAGACUACCUUAAUAUACUGAAUGAGCAGGUUAUUCCAUCUGUGUAUUUAUUUCUUCCUGACGAUGCAUGCAUUGAACCCAAAUGUAGAAAAUUUGAGGUUCUGCUUUCAAAACUGUCUCACAACAACUAUGGAUGGUAAUAAAUGUUGUAACAUUGCACACAAUGAUCAAUACAAUGCCACGGUGAAUGCAUGCAGUGAUUUUUGGGGGGCUGGAAGUGUAUGAUAAUAAAGACUUCUAUUGAAUAUGUCAGAAACUAAAUGGAAAAAAAGGACAGAAAGCACAUUACUGUUCACACGCUAAGGCUUCUUUGUACCUAAGCAACAGCGUAUGUACACUUGAGAAAAUGAUGAUUGUCAUUCCUCUUGAAAAAUGUAUCCAAUUAUCACACUUUUUUUCAUGAAGUAAAGAGUGUUCGCCAGUACUUAAUUAUGAAGACAGCUUCUGGCUUAUUGUUCUCAUUUAACGACGGGCAAAAAAUAGAAACCUCAACCCGGAAUCAUCAAUUAUCCAGGAUGCCAAAACACGUUUGUUAGUAAUCCACUUGUGUGGAUUAUGCAUAGUUUACAGCUAAGCGGUAACAUGUUGUGUUGUCUAAAUAUACGCCACCUCACCACAUCCAUCAUCCUGUAGCUUUUUCUCAUUAAAAGUGUCUCCUAUUAACAAAGGCACUUUUUAAAAUGACAACCAACUCCCUUAAAGCUAUGUCCCAAAAGAUACAAUAUAUCCAUUGCAACUGAUAUAUUGUAGGCUGGUUAUUAAUAACUGUAUAGAAAUACUUAUAUAUAUACUUUAUAUAUGAUUUGAAACAUAGAUGUUUAUGAUUACUUCAACAACUAACAAUGAUAAUAACCAUAACAAACACUAUAAUCAUCAUCAUCAUAAUUUAAUAUUUUUAAUCAAAUUUUUAGCUGUACAAAUGAAUGUAUGAGGAAUAUGUGGUGUCUACUGUGUAAAUGAAAGUAUGAAUGAUAAAAAUACAUUUAUGUAUCCUUAGUUCUUCUUUUACUUCUUUAUUUGAUGAGUCCAGUCUUGAAAUGCAUAGCAAAUGUUGUUGUAUGUUAUGAAUACAAUGACAAUAAAGUAAUCUAAUCAUAAUUUUAAUCAUAAUAAAAAUGUUAUGAAUAUAAUUAAUUACUUUCUAUUUUUGAUUUAAUUUAGUAUAAUUUUUUUUUUAAAGGAUUUGUACUUACUUCUAAUAUAAAAUAAUAUAAUUUUAAUAAAUUAACAUACAUAUGAAAUAUUAACUUCCAUCCAUCCAUCCAUUUUCUGUACCGCUUAUCCACACUAGGGUCGCGGGCAUGCUGGAACCUAUCCCAGCUAUUUUCGGGCGAGAGGCGGGGUACACCCUGAACUGGUCGCCAGCCAAUCGCAGGGCACAUAUAAACAAAGAACCUUUCGCACUCACAUUCACACCUACGGGCAAUUUAGAGUCUUCAAUCAACCUACCACGCAUGUUUUUGGGAUGUGGGAGGAAAGCGGAGUACCCGGACAAAACCGACACAGGCAUGGGGAGAACAUGCAAACUCCACACAGGCGGGGCCGGGAUUUCAACCUCGGUAUAUACAUAUUAACUUAUGACUUAUUAUUUAUUUAUUUGUUUAAUACUAAUAAAAUAGAUAAACUAUAUUGUGUAUGAACAUGGUAGUAAUGCAUCCAUCUAUAAUAUUAUUAUUAUUAUUAUUAUUACUACUACUAUUAGUAGUAUUAUAAUUAUAAUAAUAAUACAAUGUUUUUUGUCAAUUAUCAUUGUAUUUUUAAUUAUUAUUUUUUACAUUUUGACAAUUUUUUAAUUUACAUAUUUAUAUUUAUUUUUUACUUCAUUUAAAAUAUUUGGUGUUGUAUUUAUUUAAUUUUGUUACAGUGGAAUUUGUAGGGGCACCAGUUUGGCAGUUCUCAAUGAGGCUGUAUCAUAAUGCAUGAUGAAAAUGUUUUAUUCGAACCCUAACCCUAACUCAGAACACUAAACUAAAGCAAACUUCAACCUCCAAGACUUUGCCAUGGCCUGUCAUUACAUCUAAUAUGUCUGACAUUUAAAAACAACUAAUGUAAAUUGAUGGCAUUCUUGAAAGCAUUUUAUUCCUCUGCGAAAGUAAUUCUUCUCCAUUUUACUGCCCUCCUCUUCGCUUUUGUUAGCGGGUCGAACUAAGGAGACAAUUUAAACCGCUUGUCCUCUCGAUGCUAAUGGAUGCUGCUGGCAUUUUGAUCUCCCACCUCAAGCACAACAAAACGUCAGAAAAACAGAAGGGAGGAGUGUGUGCGUGUGUGUGUAAGUGUGUAGGUGUCUGUCGGUUUGUUUGUGAGCGUGUGUGAUUGUGUGUGCGCACGUGAUUGUAUUUGUCCAUCCAUCCAUCCAUCCAAUUUCUGAGUCGCUUAUCCUCACUCGGUUCGCGGGGAUUGAAUUUGUUUUGUUUUGAAUGUAGGAAUAUGUAGUCAACGAGCUAUUGGACGUGCCCUCUGAAAGCACAUCUGGGACGAGCACACUUGCACGACCUAAAGACUUUUUUUGUGCUCGCUAGGAUUGUUGAAUAUAAAGUUUUACGAAGUUCUUUAAAUAAAGAGAAAUGCUACGAAGGACACUUACCAUUCUGGCAUGGAUGCUUUUUUUUUUCAUAAAAUUUCUUUCAGUCAGUGUUAUCACAAUUACUAUUUUUGAUUUUGUCUCUUUGGUUUUCCAAGAAAUCGUGGACACUAAUGACUCUGCUUUAACGUGUCUAGGUAAUUGCAGUAUUUGUAUUAAAACAGUGGAACCCUG